AUGUCUGGGAGAGGCAAGGGAGGUAAGGGCUUGGGCAAAGGUGGUGCCAAGCGCCAUCGCAAGGUCCUGAGGGACAACAUCCAGGGUAUCACCAAGCCCGCCAUCCGCCGUCUUGCUCGGCGAGGGGGAGUGAAACGCAUCUCGGGGCUCAUUUACGAGGAGACCCGAGGCGUGCUGAAGGUGUUCCUGGAGAACGUGAUCCGGGACGCGGUCACCUACACGGAGCACGCCAAGCGCAAGACCGUCACUGCCAUGGACGUGGUGUACGCCCUGAAGCGACAGGGACGCACCCUUCCCGAGUCGCUUCCGGUAGCCUCGUUGUUGUUCGCCAUGGCCCGUACUAAGCAGACCGCGCGCAAGUCGACCGGCGGUAAGGCCCCGCGGAAGCAGUUGGCCACCAAAGCGGCUCGCAAGAGCGCGCCGGCCACGGGCGGCGUCAAGAAGCCGCAUCGCUACCGCCCGGGCACCGUGGCGCUGCGCGAGAUCCGGCGCUACCAGAAGUCGACCGAGCUGCUGAUCCGCAAGCUUCCCUUCCAGCGCCUGGUGCGCGAGAUCGCGCAGGACUUCAAGACCGACCUGCGCUUCCAGAGUUCAGCCGUCAUGGCGCUGCAGGAGGCGAGCGAGGCCUACCUGGUAGGCCUGUUCGAGGACACCAACCUGUGUGCCAUCCACGCUAAGCGCGUCACCAUCAUGCCCAAAGACAUCCAGUUGGCCCGCCGCAUCCGCGGGGAGCGGGCCUAAGAAGCGCGCGCUCGGUCCGACGUUCCAUCGCAUCCAAAGGCUCUUUUCAGAGCCACCCACGAGAUCACUGGGAAGAGGCUGUGCCACUGGGCCUCCGUGCCCCCGGGAAGGGAGGGCGCUUAGAGGUGUGCAGACGGUGUGCGGCUCCCCACACAAAAGGGCAGAACCCUCGCGUUGGCCGCCCUCCGGCCUGUUACCCUGAAUGAAGCUCACAGGGGUUCCCGACAGUGCUCGGCGGCCUCGCGCACACGGGGUCGGGUUCUCCUGGGCUGUGGUUUUUUGUUUUUGUUUUUCCAACGGGGGGGGGCUCCGGGGUCGGAGGUGGGCUGCCUCUAGAACGAGUCACUGGGGACGCUGGCGAUUCGUGGCCCGGAGUGCACCCGGGGGACCUCUCCCGCCACCGGGUGCG